CCUCGGAUGCCACUUGUGAGGACAGAAGAGAAAGGCUACCAUACCCCAGCAGUUUCACAAUUUUCUGAAUUGAAGCCAGAAACUUUCUUUCCUUUUUCUUUCUGAGACCAAUUGAGAGCCCGAAACAGUUUGGGGGUUUGCAAACGAGCGCGUGGCUCACCGGUAAGAUGAAAAGGUACAUCUUUAUCGGUCCAAAAUUUAAAUUUAAGAUUUACACUUUACUAAGAGAUCUUCAAAGAAGACCGAGAGUAAGAGAUCCGGUGCUUAAAAAAACAGUUGGGGACAAUAUAAAGACACACCUCCUGGGCACUAACAUAUGGCAGCACACCACACUCAGCUACUCUGAACAGCAUCAACCUCGGGACCUGCCACUGCCAGGCUUUCGGCUCUCCUGCAGCCUGCCGCGCCUUGCCUAGCUCGCCGGAGCACGUCUCCGCGCGAGGCGGCCUUUGACUACCGGCUGGGAAAUGCCCGCCGGCGGGUUCCUCCUCAACGGCGGCGGCAUGUCGGACUACGGCGGCGGCCUCACCGUCCCGGUCGUGGUCGCCUGCCUCAUGGCGGCCUCCGGCGGGCUCAUCUUCGGCUACGACAUUGGCAUCUCAGGAGGAGUGUCGGAGAUGGAGUCUUUCCUCAAGAAGUUCUUCCCGGGGUUGCUGAAGAGGACGGCGCACGCGAACAAGGACGUGUACUGCAUGUACAACAACCAGGCGCUCACGGCCUUCACCUCGUCGCUGUACGCGUUCGGCAUGGUGGGGACGCUGGUGGCAAGCCGGGUCACCCGCCGAGUCGGGCGCCAGGCCAUCAUGCUGAUCGGGGGGAGCCUGUUCUUCGUGGGCGCCCUCGUCAACGCUGCCGCCGCGAACAUUGCCAUGCUGAUCAUCGGGAGGAUGCUGCUCGGUUUGGGCCUCGGGUUCUCCGGCCAGGCCACGCCAGUGUACCUCGCCGAGAUGUCGCCGCCGCGCUGGCGCGGCGGGUUCAUCUCGGGAUUCCCUCUGUUCAUCAGUAUCGGGUACCUCGUCGCCAACCUGAUCAACUACGGCACGUCGCGGAUCCCCGGGUGGGGCUGGCGCCUGUCCCUCGGCCUCGCGGCCGUCCCGGCUGCCGUCAUGGUGGUGGGCGCCACGUUCAUCCCGGACACUCCCAGCAGCCUCGUGCUGCGCGGGAAGCACGACGCCGCCCGCGCCGCGCUCCAGCGGGUGCGCGGCAAGGGCGUGGACAUCGACGCCGAGUUCGGCGAUAUACUCUCCGCCGUGGAGCACGACCGGCAGAACGAGGAGGGCGCGUUCCGGCGGAUCCUGCGGCGGGAGUACCGGCCAUACCUGGUGAUGGCCGUGGCGUUCCCAGUGUUCCUGAACCUCACCGGGGUGGCCGUGACCGCCUUCUUCUCGCCGAUACUGUUCCGGACGGUCGGGUUCGAGAGCGACGCCGCCCUGAUGGGCGCCAUCAUCCUCGGCGUGAUGAACAUCGGCGGCAUCCUCGCGUCGGGAUUCGCUAUGGACCGCUACGGCCGGAAGCUGCUCUUCAUCAUCGGUGGCGCGCUCAUGUUCACGUGCCAGGUGACAAUGGCGAGCAUAGUUGGCUCACACCUCGGCAACGGGAGCAAGAUGCCGAAGGGGUACGCGGUGACGGUGCUGGCCGUGACGUUCAUCUUCUCCGCGAGCUUCAGCUGGUCGUGGGGCGCGCUGUUCUGGGCCGUCCCCGGCGAGAUAUACCCCGUAGAGGUCCGGUCGGCGGGGCAGGGCGUGGCCGUGGCGCUCAACCUGGGGCUCAACUUCGUGCAGGCGCAGUGCUUCCUGGCGAUGCUGUGCUGCUUCAAGUACGGCGCGUUCGUGUUCUACGCGUGCUGGCUCGUGGUGAUGACCGCCUUCGCCGUGGCGUUGGUGCCGGAGACCAAGGGCGUGCCCCUCGAGUCCAUGGGCCACGUCUUCGCGCGCCACUGGUACUGGGGCAGGUUCGUAAAGGACCACAAGUAUGGAGACGAGUCGACCUAAUCCAGAAUUAGCUUAUGCUUGGUAUGUGCUACUACCAAUAGAUUGUUGAGAAGGGAAAUGUGGUGUAUCAAGAACGGGCCUUGAUGUAUACUAUGUGUGUGUUAGUGUGAUGAGUGAUGAAUCAAGUGUUGGUUCAGGAUGGCCUAAGAAGCUCAUCCAUGUGGUACAUUUCGAGACUUGUCGCCAGAAAUAUGUAGAUUUCUCUGGCUAUAGAGACUUAAUCGCCUAAGAAGCUCUAUCAUGUAAAUUUCUGUGGUUAGCCAAUUUUAAUUCCUUGUUUGCAAGCUA